UCAGGUGGAUACAGCAGUUAUCUCCCAAGUUGUGGUUCCUGUUUUUGUUUCUUUAUUUUUGUGAAGUCCUGGUACUCAUUAUUUAUUUAAGAGAAUGGGAAUCACACUGGAAGGUUGUAACAUGGUCAGAGGCAUGUGGACCUGCUCUGAUCAUGGUGAUGCUUGGAGUGUUGUACAUGUACAUGGUAUCAACAGACUAUUCCAGUUCAUCUCAAAGACGAAAAGCCAAAACUAUUAACAGAAGAAGACGAGCUGCCAGACAGAAAAGAAAAGGCAGUGCACAAGAGAAUGGAGGAACAGUGCACCAUGAAGUGCUUGCAGAUGGAAUAAGGCAAAGAAAACUACAGCAGAACCCCAACUCAGGGCUUGACUCCAAUAACAAGGAUGCCAUGGAAGCUGUAGAAAAUAUGGAUCAUUACAAUGCUAAAGACAAUGACAAUGAUAAAACAGAGGAAGAACUGAGUGAGAGUGGAGGGACAACUUCAUCCACAACAGAGAGUGAUGUGUCUGAUGUAGAAGUGGACAGUAACGAUGAAGAUCCAUUUGCCUGGGAUAAACAGACCAAUGGAUCUCCAGGACUGGAAAAAUGUCCCACACCUCCACCCACUGCAGAAAAAGUUAUGGUUUCUAUUUGGGAAGGAAAUCAAUGUAAAAAGGCUCAGCUGACCCUUAUGGAGAUCAGUGCCACUAUUGCAAAUAAAGUGGUAAGUCAAUCGAACAAUGCUAUGGAGGCAAAUACAAUACUACUGUAAUUUGCUGCCAGAGUAUCCCAUGAUAGCUUUUUGAAACAAGGAAUAGCAAAUUUGCAGGUUGUUGUCAUUUGACUACAACUACCAGAACUCCUUUCGUUUUCUCUUU